AUGACAUCUAUACUAGACCAUAUCGUUAUUUUGGUGUCGUACCAGACGCUUCAAAAGCUUCCCAAGCUCCUUGAGCACGAUCUCAACGUGAUCGAUGGAGGUACCCAUGCAGAUGGCCGCACAGUCAACAAGCUCGUCAUAUUCUCUGACGGUGUUUAUAUCGAGCUCAUAGCGUUUCAAGAAGGCCUUGAUCCUGAAGAGCGAAAGAAGCAUAGAUGGGGAGAGUUGGAAGAGAACACUAUCGUCGACUGGGCCUAUACUCUUCCUGAUGAGAAAGACUUCGGUACCAUACAAGAUCGAGUGAAACAAUCCACUUCCGAAGUGACCUAUCACGACCCAGUCCCUGGGGGCCGUCUCAGACCUGAUGGGGUCCAAUUGAAGUGGUCCGUAGCAUCUGCCUACACUGUUUCAGGCCAGGCUUUACAACCUGGAAAGGUACCUUUCUGGUGCCUCGACCGCACUGAACGAAAGCUACGGGUUCCAUACCAAAACGAUAACGGCUCUCAACCUUCUUACACUAAUCACCCUUCAGGAGCCAUUGGUGUCUCUACAGUCUCUGUCUUGGUGCCUCAAACAGAGCGCGAUACUAUUGCUCAAGUCUACAAUGGUAUACAUGGUUCAAAGGCGGAAGAAGAGACUUGGCAUUUUACCGUCCACUCAGGAUCAACUCAGGGUAAACAUCUUCUGAAGCUGGACAACAGUCAAGAUGGACAACGACGCAUUCAUCUAACCCUUCUUGGUCAUCAUGGCAGUCCUAGUAGCAUCGAAAUUGUGCCAGGUUUGGUCGUGGGAAUUGAUUCUAGCAUAUAG